AUGUGGGAGGCGCAGUUCCUGGUCUUGCUGCUUCUGCAACCGCUGUGGGUGGCUCCAGUGGAGGCUUCAGGGCCUGGGGCAAAGGUCCCGGUGGUGUGGGCCCAGGAGGGGGCUCCUGUCCGACUCCCCUGCAGCCCCAAAAUCCCCCUCAGCCUUCUGCGAAGUGCAGCAGUCACUUGGCAGCACCAACCAGACAGUGGCCGGCCCAGCCCGGCGCCCGGCAGCACCACGACCCCUGGCCCGCGCUCCGGGGCGCCCUCCCCUCUGGGGCCCGGAUCCCGCCGCUACACGGUGCUGAGCGUGGCGCCGGGAGGCCUGCGCAGCGGGAGGCAGCCCCUGCAGCCCCGGGUGCAGGUGGCGGAGCGCGAUCUCCAACGCGGGGACUUCUCGCUGUGGCUGCGCCCAGCCCGGCGCGCCGAUGCUGGAGAGUACAGAGCCACUGUGCGCUUCAGGAACCAUGCCCUCUCCUGCCACCUCUGCCUGCGCGUGGGCCAGGGCUCAAUGACUGCCAGCUCCCCAGGACCUCUCAGGACUUCUGAGUCGGUUGUUUUGAAUUGCUCCUUCAGCCGCCCUGACCUCCCAGCCUCUGUGCGCUGGUUCCGGGGCCUGGCUCGGGACCCUGUCCAGAAGUCCCCCCAGCACCACUUGGGCGGAAGCUUCCUCUUCCUGCCUCAAGUCAGCCCCUCAGAUUCUGGGCCCUGGGGCUGCAUCCUCACCUACAGAGAUGGCUUCAUUGUCUCCAUUACAUACAACCUCACGGUUCUAGGUCUGGAGCCCACAGCCCCACUGACAGUAUAUGCUGGAGCAGGUUCCAGGGUGGAACUGCCCUGCCGCCUGCCUCUUGCUGUGGGGACCCAGUCUUCCCUCACCGCCAGGUGGGCCCGGCCUGGGGGAGGCCCUGACCUCCAGGUGGCUGAAGACAAUGGCAGUUUUACUCUUUGGCUGGAGGCCGUGAGCCAGGCACAGUCUGGUACCUACACCUGCCACAUCCAUCUGCAAGGACAGGAGCUUAGUGCCACCAUCACUUUGGCAGUCAUCACAGUGACUCCCAAAUCCUUUGGGUUACCUGGCUCCCCGGGGAAGCUGCUUUGUGAGGUGACUCCGGCGUCUGGACAAGAGCACUUUGUGUGGACUCCCCUGAGCAACCAGUCUUGGAGGAGUUCUCCAGGGCCCUGGCUGGAAAUGCAGGAGGCCAGGCUCCUUUCCCAAUCCUGGCAGUGCCAGUUGUACCAGGGCAAGAGACUACUUGGAUCAGUGUUAUAUGUCACAGAGCUGUCUGGCCCAGGUGCCCAACGCUCUGGGGGAACCCCCAGUGCCAUGAAAACAGGCCAUUUCCCUCUCUUUCUCAUCCUUGGUAUCCUUUUGCUGCUCCUCUUUAUGACUGGAGCCUUUGGCUUUCACCUUUGGAGAAGACAGUGGAGACGAAGAAGAUUCUCUGCCCUAGAGAAUGGGAUUCACCCUCCUCAGGCUCAGAGCAAGAUAGAGGAGCUGGAGCAAGAACUGGAGCUAGAACCAGAGCAAGAGCUGGAGCCGAAGCCGGAGCCCAACCUGGAGCCGGAGCUGGAGCCAGAGAAGCCCUGA